CCGAAUAGAAGUGGGUGUGGUGUGCCCGAGGAUCUAGAAUUCAGACAUGUGCUCCGUACAUGUCUGAAUUAUCUUAUGUGCAUGCCAAGGUGUCCUGCCUAAGUGGGUGACUCUAGAUCGAUUGGAUGGACGCGAACCACCCAUGGCAGCGGCGGCUAAGGCUAAGGAAAAGGUGUCACAACUCCCCGGGAAGACGGGCCAGAUGGCAUCCAGACCGGCUGGAUGGACAUACAUACACAUACGUGGAGGUACAGAGGGUCGUGGUUGCGGUCGUGGUCGUGGUCGCGGUCGUGGCAGAUCCGCCCGAUUUAUUAUGAUUGCGAUUCGGGCGUGUACCGCGGAUCGGAUCUACUUCAAUCAAUCUCUGCUCUCGGACCACUUCCAUCAUCAGCAGCAGCAUCAUCACCAUGUUUAUUGUUGUCAAGUAUCUCCCCUCCGCUUAUCUCGGCAGGGACAGUAGGGAGGUACAGGUACAGACACAGGUACAUAAGUACCUUGUACUUUCGGACUUGAGACGCACGCUGGAUGGGACACUAUCCCAAUGUAGAUAAGUACCUAUGUAAGUGAUGUGUACAUGUGUACAUGGGGGAAAAAAAAGAAGAGAAUGGAGAGUCUCACCGCUGGGAAGGGG